CAAAAACAAAGUGUAUUGAAUAGAUGACUCAUUUCUUAUCUUCUUUGCAAGUAGAGAACAGUCUAUAAUAUUUUUAAAACAUUUUAAACUUUUGAUUUUAUUUUAAAUUAAAAACCUAGCAAAUAUUUAAAACAUUUGAAUUACCUUGACUUCUUAUAGACUUGCAAUUGAUUUAGCAACGAUAUAAUUUUCCAUCUCUAAGUAUUAUUUGAAUUUUCUUCAUAAAAUGAACAAUUUAAUUGUUGAAUUUGGAAAUUUACCAUUCUCAAAUGGUGACUCUUAUUAUUCGUGCCUUAUAAGCAAUCAAAAUAUUAAAGAAAAUAUUCCUGUAAAAAUUAAUGGAAAUCAUCAAAUUGGUAAUUCAAACAAAGAUGUUGUCAAUGUAUGGAUUAAUAAAUGUACAGUCACAAAAAUACCUAAAGGAAUUACAUUUAUGUUCCCAAAUAUCAAAGUAUUGGAGAUCAAAAACUCAAAAUUACCAGCAAUUCAUAAAAAUGAUUUGGCUGAAUAUAAAAGUUUGGAAAAGUUUUGCUGCAUUGAGAAUCCAAUAUCAUACCUGCCUGGUGACUUGUUUGAGGGUUUUGAAAAAUUGGAAUGGAUUGAAUUUUAUGGAAAUAGUUUACUAAUAAUUGAGCCAAAUAUUUUGAAUGGACUACAUGGACUUAAAUAUGUAGAAUUUUCAAGAGGAGGCCCACAAGAUAAGCGUUUUUCUUUGUAUCCAAGGUUAAGUUCAAAUGCAAAUGUAAAAGAAAUAAAGGAUGAACUUGAAAGAAAAUAUCCUCAAAAGCUCAAAGACGUCCAGAAGUUGGAAAACUUGAUAAAAAAGUUAAAGAUUGAAAAUGAUAAACUAAAGAAGGAAUCACAAGAACAGGCUGCAAAAAUUGUAACUCCAGUACUUGAGCCAAAAAGUGAACUUUUUGAUGACUUGAAGAAAUUCCUGCAUAACGAUAAGCAUAAAGAUUUCACAGUUAAGAUCAUGGAUGAGGAAAUUCGCGUUCAUAAGUUUCUCUUGGCUGCUCGCAGUCCAAUUUUAGCUGAAAUGCUUCUUAAAGCACCAGAUGCUGAAAAUUUAAAUCUUGUUGAAAUUUCAUCAACAACAUUCAAGCAAAUCUUAAGAUACAUCUACACUGAUGAGCUUCCAACUGAUAGUAAAAUAAAUUUUCUGGAUCUUUUUGCUGCAUCUGGUCGAUUAAAAAUGAAAGCUCUUCAAGAUUUUGCUGGAAUGAAAAUUUCUAUUAAAAUUAAUACUGACAAUGUGCUUGAUAUUUUUGAAUUGAGUGUAAAAUAUGGACAUGAAAGUUUAAAGCAGAAAGCGUUCAACGAAAUUAAGCAGAAAUAUUCUAAAUUCCAUUUAAAAGAUGAAUUGUUGUUUCAACCCGAAAAGUUAAUGAAAAUCGUUCAAAGUUUAAAGAAAAAGGAAGAAGAAAUGAGAUUAUUUGAGAAAGAAUUUGAGACUUUACUUUUGGAUAAUUAACGGUUAUAAAUUGAAAUUUCAAAUCAUGCGUCAAUGUUAAAAAUUGAACUUCAUUGAUUUUUGUUGUUUAAAAUUGUUUGAAUAAAUUUUUUAUCACUUAC